AUGAAUUCUCUUGUUGGUUAUGGAAGCGACGAUGAAUAUGAGUCUGAUCGAUAUGGGCGUCGUUCUUCGGUGGGCACCGGAGGAAAACGGAAGGAGGAUGAUACUAACUACGACGAUGUCAACAUGGAUUUGAGCGAGGAAUCCCAGGGAGCAGAGUCGGAGCCCGAGCUUCCGCCAGCUGAGCAGCAGUCUUCACGGCAAUCUUCCAGGGGUGCUCGGCAAGGUUCAAACGACAGUCGAGAACGCGACCGUGACCGUGAUCGCGAGCGCGACCGUACAUCGGAUCGCGAUCGUCGCCGCGAUAAGGACCGCCAUGAGCGCGAACGUCGCUCUCCGCGGAGAGAUGAGAAAUACAGAGAAAAUAAUAGAGAUAGAUCUGAGCGUAAUCGAGGCGCCUAUGACGGGCCCAAGCGUGGUUUGCUGGGCGAUAGACCGGAUGAAAGACCUGCUGAGAAUAAGAUGCCUGCACUCAUGGACUUAAAGCCGUACGGCGGAGAACCGCCACCAGGACUAAGUCGCUCGCAAGACGCUCGUGAUGCCGUUUCUCCCAGGUUCGUAGACCGCGAUCGUCGCGACAGAGACAGAGAGCGCGAUCGCGACAGGGAAAGUCGACACAGUAGACGCUCGGAAGAAAGAAGAUCUGGGAGGGAUAGGAAUUCAGAACAUCGUUCGCGAUCGCGUGGAGCCGCUUUUCCUCCACCAUAUUCCAGCACUUCAAAUGAACGACGGGGCUCCCCACCAUCCGGAGACUACAGGCCAUCUUCAUAUAAAGUUAACAAGAAACUUGAAGUUAUGGAAAAAAUGGGUCUUCAAAUCAAAACGCCAGACGGUUCCAUGGCGACGGCGCAGCAGCUGCGCGCGGCCGCCAGUGAGGCGCCCGGCUCCGGCCUGCCCUCGUACUAUAACCCAUGUGCUAUCAACUCUAACAAGAUAUUGGAUCAGGUGCAGAAACGCAAGUUGUUGUGGUCGAACAAGGAGAAGUCCGCGGCGGUGGCGGAGGCGGCCAAGUGGAGCGGCGCGCGCUUCGCGCAGGACAAUGACGGCCGCCAGGUGUCCAAGUUCAUGCGGCUUAUGGGCAUCAAAGAGCCUGCUGCAGUGAAGCCUCCCGAGCCAGCCGACGAGACAGUGGACCCCAAUAAGAAGCAAGAGGAGCUGUUCCAAGCAAUGCAAGCUCAGUACGAAGUGGCCCGCGCCACCACGCACACCAUGCGCGGGGUCGGCCUCGGAUUCCAACGAGGAAACUUU